UAACGACUUUUACAAAAAAAAUUAUUAAAACAUUUAAAAUGAUUAACGGUUUUGUAAAUUAUAAAACGAUUUGACAACAAGACAACAAAAAAGUUUAAGAAGAUUUAAGAAGGAAAAAAACGUAAAAAUUUAUUAGUUUUAAUUUUAUUAAUAAAAAACAAGGCGAAUGUUUAAAAUGCGUGCUUUAUAAUAUGGAGUCAAAAGAAAGCUAUAGAGAUAGACAAGAGAAUGAAUUAGAAGUGCUUAGGUCAAUAUUUGGCGAUGAUGUGAUUGAUUUGCGUGAAAAAGAUGGGAAGUGGGAAGGAUUGAAUCUGAAAAUUAAAUUAGAACCUCAAAGAGACUCUCGUGUAUCUGAAACUUUCUGUAAAAUUAUUUUAUGUAUAAAAUGUCCAAAGAAUUACCCAAAAGUUACUCCAAUAGUAACAUUCGAAGGAGUAAAAGGAUUAUCAAAUACGGAUAAAGAAACGCUCCUGAAUCAAUUGAAAAAAGAGGCUUAUGGUCUAAAAGGGGAAGUGAUGAUUUUUGAAUUAUGUCAACUUGUUCAAUCGUUUUUACAUGAACGAAAUGUGCCGCCUAAAGGAAGCUUCUAUGAUGAAAUGCUUGCAAAUAAGCAAAAGAGGGAUCAAGAUGAAUUGACGCAACAAAAAGAAAAGGAAGAGAAGUUACGCCAACAACUUCAGGAUGAGGUCCUCAAAAGGAAAGAACAAAUAAGAAAGGAGCAAAGAAUUAGAAGGACUACAAUUAAUGAAAGUCCAAUGCGAAAUAUGUCAUCAGAAAGCUCUAAUUCGGAAUCCAGAUUUUAUAUCGAAGCAUGUGAUGAACAUAAACGCACGGAAAACAUUUAUUUUCCAAUCGAAGGUAGAAAGAUUCUUCAAGGUGCUUGUAUUGGACAUUCACUAAAAGGAUGCAUUAAUUUUUCUGGAAUAGACUUGACAACUGGCAGGCUAUAUUAUUUAACAGAAUGGACAGUUAAAUAUUCUCAAUUAGAAAUUAAAAAUCUUAAAGUAGAUGAAGUGAUUGAUACAAUCGAGAAGAAAGUCGCUGUAUUAUCAAAGUUACGUCACAAAAACCUUGUUGCUUAUGAUGGUGUUUUAUGUACCAGAAAGAAAGAUUCAAUAGUUGUUACGCUAGUCCAAGACUUUUUAUUUGGUAUUAGUGUGUCAAAUAUGUCAGUUUGUUGGAAUUGGAGCGCAGAAUGUGUUAGUUCGAUUUCUAAGAAUGUCCUCGAAUCACUAGUUUUUUUACACAAUAAUGGAGUCUCACAUGGAAAUUUGAUAGAUUCAACAGUUUUUACUGAUUCUGCAGGAAAUAUUAAAGUAUCCGACUAUAGUAUUGUUCCAUAUCUACAAGAACUAACUACAGGUGUUAUACCGUCUCCAGAUUUACCAUCCUUAGGAUCUCUUAUCGAAUCGCUUAUGCCUACACCGCAUUUAGAAAUGAAAAAUUUUAUUAAUGAAUGUAAAAGUGAACGAACAUUGUCAGCAUCUGAUUUACUAGAGCAUCCAUUUUUAUAUCCAGUUCAAAUGGGUCAUGAUGAUUCACAAUCUCCCGAAAACCAAAAGCUAAUGUUAAGUUGUCCGCCACCUGUUGCAGAACGUGUUCCAACAAAUAUAAAUAAGCCAAUUGUUAUCGCACCUUUAAUUUCAUCAAAUCAUUCGCGUUUAGAGACUGAGUUUGAGCUUAUGAAUCAUAUUGGACGUGGUGCUUACGGUGAUGUUUUAAAAGUUCGAAAUAAUUUGGAUAAUCGUCAUUAUGCUAUUAAAAGAAUUCCGUUGUCGUCAAAAAAUAAACAGCUAUUUAGGAAAAUGACAAGAGAAGUUGAACUGUUGAGUCGAUUGAACCAUGAAAAUGUUGUACGAUAUUUUAAUAGUUGGAUUGAAACUCAAACAACUCCUAUACCAGAGCUAGAAGGAAGUGAUGAUGAUGCAGAUUAUAGUCAUAAUGGAAGGAAAAUUGUAAAAACUCAUAGCCAAAAUCGUCUUCCUGUCAUUGAUAGUAGCUCUUCCGAAGAUGACGAUUCAUUAGGUCUUGGAUGGAAUGACAUAGAUAGUGAUAGUUCAAGUGAUUCAGAGGAUGAUGGAAUAGAGUUUGUUGAUUCUCAAGGAAGGGUAGUAAAUUAUGAUGAUGACAAUGAAAGUGUUCAAGACAAACCAGCAAGCGACAGUCGAGUUAAAGAUGCACGUAAAUAUACCAUUUUAUAUAUUCAGAUGGAAUUUUGCGAAAAGUCAACACUAAGAUCGGCAAUUGAUGAUUCAAAUUUGUAUCAGAAUAAGGAACGUUAUUGGAAACUCUUUAGAGAAAUAGUUGAAGGCUUAUCACAUAUUCAUCAACAAGGAAUGAUUCAUCGAGAUUUAAAAUGCGAGAAUAUUUUCCUUGACUCUCGAGAUCAUGUCAAAAUUGGAGAUUUCGGUUUGGCAACAACUAGUGUAUUGGCUUUACAAAAUCAACAUACAGAUUUAAAUCAAACAUUAAAACCUCCUCAGAUAACUUAUAGUGAUAGUCAUACGGGUCUUGUUGGUACAGCUCUUUAUGUAGCACCAGAACUAACAGGAAAGGCUUCAAAAUCAGUUUAUAAUCAAAAGGUAGAUCUCUAUAGCUUAGGAAUAAUCUUUUUUGAAAUGAUUAUGCCUCCAUUAAGAACAGGAAUGGAAAGAAUUCAAACCAUUUUGAAUAUAAGAAAACCGGAUGUUGUUUUGCCAACUAAUUUGGAAGAUAAGGAUUACAAAAAUGAAAUUCAACUUUUAAAAUGGUUAUUGGAACAUAAUAUUAGUAAACGUCCAACAUCUGAAGAGCUGCUUCAGUCAGAACUGCUACCACAAGCUAAAUUAGAAGUGUCAGAACUACAGGAAAUGCUUAGAGGAGUCUUAUCCAAUCCACAGAGUAGAAACUACAAGUACCUCGUUAAUAGAUUAAUUCAACAAGAAAGCGAUCACCUCUUACAAUAUACUUACCAUUCAGAAAUUCCUCUUCAAAUUUCAUCAGUUUUUGAAAAUGUCAAAAGCAAAGUCGAAGAAAUUUUUAGAAAACAUGGUGGAAUCGAUAUCCAAACGCCACUUUUAACACCAUACAUAAAAACAGAUAAGGAAACAGUUGUUAAGCUAAUGACUCAUUCAGGAUGUGUUGUUACAUUACCAGAUGAUUUGCGUAGCCUAUUCCUUCGUUAUGUAACUGCCAAUGGAAUUAACUUAUUACGUCGUUAUGCAAUUGGAAGAGUUUUUCGUGAAUAUAAGAUGCAUAACUCACAUCCGAAACAAACUUUUGGAUGUGAAUUUGACAUUGUAACACCGACACGUGGCAACUUAUUAGUUGAUGCUGAGCUUCUUGUCAUUGCACAUGAGAUUAUCAAUGAAUUUGAUGUAUUAAAGUCUAAGGACAUCAUGUUCAAAAUUAAUCAUACUUCCCUUAUUCGUGCCAUAUUUUUGUAUUAUUCUGUCCCUACUCCAAAAUAUAAGAACGUCCUGGGUCUGAUUAAAGAAUUCAAAGAAGAAAAAAUAUCGAAAUUCCAGUUACAGUCAGCAGCUACAACAUUAUUGGUGUCUUGUAAACCACAAGCUAUAAAUUCUUUAAUCGAAACGCUUUUGAUUGAUAUCGAGAUGUCAAAUAUUUCUAGCACAAAUCUAAGAACUCUAAUAAAAGGACGAGGUGAAGCUGCAUCAUUAUGCAAAGGAGCUAUCCGAGAAUUAGAAGCGGUUGCAAAUUUGAGUCAAGCAUUAGGAGUUACGAUCCCAAUACAUUUGUGUGUAAGCUUGUCAUUAAACUAUGACUGCUCACUUUCUGGAAACAUUGUAUGGGAAAUGGUAGGGAAGCUGAAAAAGAAAGGCAAAGAUUAUCCACUAGCAACUGGAGGUCGUUAUGAUCAUGAAAUUGAAAACUAUAAAAAAUGGUCACAGAAAAACUCUUCAACUUUUGUAAAUAGAGAAAGUUAUUGUGCAGGUCUGACUUUCCACAUUGAUCGACUAGUUGGAUCAUUGAAAAUGUUGAGCGAUACAAACAGUUAUCGUGCAGUUGUGGAUUUAGUUGUGUAUGUGACUGGAUCACGUCCACCUCUAAAAGAUGUUUGCCAUAUAUUGAAAACUCUUUGGAAUGCAGGAAUUAAGUGCUAUUAUAUUGAAUCACAAGCAGAUGAUGAUAUUGCGAGGGAUUUAGGAGCUAAUCAUAUAAUUAUUCUUGGAGAAAAUGGAUGUUUAAGAAUUAAGUCUUGGCAAAAUUGUCGCUAUGAUGAAAGAACAGUCAGCAGAGCAGAAGCUAUAGAUUACUUAAAGAAAAAUUUAAAAACAGAAUUAAGCGAAAUAGAAGCAGAAUCAUACAAUGUAAUGAGAAACAAUUCAUUAACCAGUAUCAUCAACGAGAAUAAUGUAACCGUUGUGAGAUCCUUCCAAAUUGUUUUUAUAACUAAUGAAAAGCUUAAUGCAAACAAAAAGAAGAGACUUGAAAACCAAAUAGAGCAGAAGGUGUCUAACGUUAUGCUUAAGUUUUGUAAAAAGAUGACAUUCAUAGUAUUUGCUGUUGAAAUCGAUGCAUCGCAAAUCAGACAAAUGUUGACUUGCAUAGAACCUAAUCCUAAAGAUCAAUCUCAAAAUGAGUUCGACAACUUAUUAAAAGGAUUCCCAAAAAAUAAACAUAGUUACCUUCAAGAAAUCUAUGAUGAGAUCACUGAAAAAUUGAUGAAGGAUAAAAAUACAACUGUCGCCGGAUUAUUCGGUAUUCAGGACUCAUAUUGCCGUAUUGUCUUGUAGAUAUGUUAUAGAAAUUCGUAUGAAAUAUGAAUGA